AGCGGCUCAGAGUGUUUCAGAGUUAGUGUGCUUCCUCGUGAAAGGAGUUGGAACGUCGUUUUCGAACGAAAUUCUGAAAGGUGUGCGUGCGGUGUUACUGUGGUUAAUAAAGAACUGACGGUUUAAACGGGAGCCUUGUGAAACUUUAAAAGGGAUUGUCAGAGAAAGAUGACAUUGGGCGCACAAAUCGAGGCCUCCACGGAAAAUGGGAGUAUGAAAAUCCCUCUGUUGAACGGCAACGAGGAUCAAACAGCUACUGAUAUGAAGGAAACCGCGGAGGAGACCGGAAGUACGAGCACAGCCUCGAAAAACGUUGUCGAGAAGGGUGAAGUGGAAGCGACGAAAGAAAAAGGCGACGAGAAUGAAAAGGAAAAGGAAAAGGACGAGGAAAAGGAUAAGAAGAACGAUAAGAGUGAGAAGGAUGGAGAUGGUGAUAAGGAUGGCAAUAACGAGCAAGAAAUUGUUUUUAUUCAAGAUAUGGGAUUCACUGUUAAAAUAGUCAGUCCAGGUGCUGAACCCUUUGACAUACAAGUUUCCAGUAUGGAGCUGGUACAGGAGAUCCAUCAGUUGCUGAUGGACCGCGAGGACACCUGCCACCGUACAUGUUUCUCCCUACAACUGGACGGCAACACCUUGGAUAACUUUGCUGAAUUAAAGAAUAUCGAAGGUCUGAAAGAAGGUUCUGUGAUUAAAGUAGUCGAAGAACCAUACACGAUGCGGGAAGCUCGUAUACACGUGCGACACGUUCGUGAUCUGUUGAAGUCUGUGGAUCCUGCGGACGCUUACAACGGCGUCGAGUGUGCCAGUUUAUCGUUCCUAAACGUCGUCACGAACGGCGACAUCCUCGAGAAGAAAAAGAGCAGGGCGGAUUCGGUCGACUGUACUCCACCCGAUUACAUUAUACCCGGCUGUAAAGAUAGACCGUUACUACCUCUACAACCGCAAGCCAAAGAGCAGAAGUGUCCUCCUUGUUUAAAAGUUUUAACGACUUCCGGAUGGAAUCCACCACCGGGCCACAGAAAGCUUCACGGUGAUUUGUUAUACUUACACGUUGUAACGUUAGAGGAUAAGCAAUACUAUUUGACUGCGUGCGCCAGAGGAUUCUUUGUCAAUCAGUCAACAAAAGAGGUGUUUAAUCCAAAACCAGCGACACCGAGUCAUCUGUGUCACAGCUUAAUUGAACUACUGAAUCAGCUCAGCCCGGCAUUUAAACGGGGUUUCGCUGCUAUGCAAAGGCGAAGAACGCAACGGCAUCCGUUUGAAAGAGUGGCCACACCGUAUCAACUCUAUGCCUGGUCCGCGCCUCAGAUUGAACACACGAUUGACGCGAUACGCGCCGAAGAUACUUUCUCCUCCAAGUUGGGCUACGAAGAGCACAUCCCUGGACAAACUAGAGACUGGAACGAGGAGUUACAGACAACAAGAGAGCUGCCACGUAAAAAUUUACCAGAAAGACUGCUUAGGGAACGCGCUAUUUUCAAAGUUCAUAGUGAUUUCGUUGCGGCUGCAACUCGAGGAGCAGUAGCCGUGAUAGACGGUAAUGUGAUGGCAAUAAAUCCAGGGGAAGAGGCAAAAAUGCAGAUGUUCAUUUGGAACAAUAUCUUCUUCUCGCUUGGAUUCGACGUUAGAGAUCAUUACAAAGAAUUAGGCGGUGAUGCUGCUGCUUUUGUCGCGCCUCGUAAUGAUCUUCAAGGUGUCAGAGUAUACGCUGCCGUUGACUUACCUGGUCUUUAUACACUCGGUACCGUUGUAAUCGAUUAUAGAGGAUAUCGUGUCACCGCUCAGUCGAUCAUCCCAGGAAUCUUGGAACGCGAGCAGGAGCAAUCUGUUGUUUAUGGUUCCGUAGAUUUUGGUAAAACGGUUCUCACGCAUCCCAAAUACCUUGAAUUGUUGAACAAAACUGGUCAACAACUAAAAAUUCUUCCACAUAAAGUAAUCAACGAUGCCGGUGAAGAAAUUGAACUUUGCAGUAGCGUGGAAUGCAAAGGAAUCAUCGGUAAUGAUUCUCGACAUUACGUGCUGGAUUUGUUACGGACUUUCCCUCCUGAUGUUAAUUUCCUUAAAUUGGAAGGCGUCGAGCUAAGCAAAGAAGCUAGAGCUUUAGGUUUUCCAAUCGAGCACAAGCAUAAAUUAGCUUGCCUUCGUCAGGAACUGAUUGAUUCCUUUGUUGAAGCUAGAUACGUCCAAUUCAUUAAGCACGCCGCUGUUCAUCUUCAACAAUUAACGUCUGCGAGAAGAGUGCAGAAGGAGAAGGAAACUAUUGUUAAGGAAGGUAAAAAAGAAGAAUCAAAUGCCGUUGCAGUGGAUAGUAAUAAAGAAGAUUCUACUCAUGCGUUAAUUGAAACAGACGAGGCCAAAAAGAUUGUGGAAAGUAUUACUGAUUCCAUUACUGGUGGAGAGAAACAAGAAUUGGAAGAGAGUACGAAGGAAAUAGUUCGAAGAGCUGCCGCAGCUGUUGGAAGUUUGCGAGAAGCUGAAUUCGACGUUAGAUUUAAUCCAGACGUAUUUUCGCCGGGUGUAAAACAUCCAGAUUCAAAUGGUCCUGCGUUAAAGAAACAGAAACAGUUGGUGCAAGAUGCUGCCGACUUUUUAUUGACUGUACAAAUUCCUACUUUUAUUCGAGAAUGUUUGGAUCACACAGCUGCUGCGAUGGACGGUAGUACAUUAGUGGAAGCUUUGCAUGGUAAAGGUAUCAAUGUACGGUAUCUUGGUAAAUUGGCUGCCAUGUUAGCUAACGUUCCACAGUUACAGUAUCUUAAACGUAUCGUUGUUUCGGAACUUAUUUUACGUUCAGCAAAACACAUCUUCACGUUUUAUAUGCAGGGUACAGAAUUAAUGAGCCUAUCUGCAGCAAUUAGUCAUUUCUUGAAUUGCUUAUUGUCUUCAGCACAAAUCAUUCAUCCGCAACAGAAUCUAGAAGAGCUUCAGAGUAAAACUGCCAAGCGACGCAACAAAAGGAAAGGUAGAAAUAAUGGUCCGCAGCAGUCCGAGGUGGAAUGGGCUUCCUUAACACCAAAGUCUCUCUGGCAACAAAUUAAAGCGGAUCUGAAAAGUUACUACGAUUGGGAAACACCGUGCCCGGAGUCAUUGGACGCUACGAUAGAGAAUUUUCAUCUUCAGAAAAUCUCUCUGCUGCGCAACUUCUGUAUAAAGACUGGUAUUCAAAUAUUGUUACGCGAAUACAACUUUGAAAAUAAGAACAGAGCGACGUUCUUCGAAGAAGAUAUCCUCAGUAUAUUCCCUGUUGUUAAACAUAUCAAUCCUAGGGCAAGCGAUGCGUACAAUUUCUACACGACAGGUCAAAGUAAAAUUCAGCAAGGUUAUUUGAAAGAUGGAUAUGAAUUGAUCAGUGAGGCAUUAAAUCUCUUAAAUAAUGUUUACGGUGCUAUGCAUCCUGAAAUCGCGCAGUGUCUUAGAAUGCUUGCGCGAUUAAAUUACAUAAUGGGUGAACAUGGAGAAGCUCUUGCUACUCAACAAAAAGCAGUUCUUAUGUCGGAAAGAGUUAAUGGAAUUGAUCACCCAUAUACCAUUACAGAAUAUAUUCAUCUAGCUCUAUACUCCUUUGCCAAUGGUCAAGUGUCUGUGUCAUUGAGGUUACUAUACAGGGCACGGUAUUUGGCGUUAUUAGUUUGCGGUGAAGAUCAUCCAGAAGUAGCGCUUCUUGAUAGUAACAUUUCGCUGAUACUUCACGCCGUUGGAGAAUACGAAUUAUCGCUCCGCUUUUUGGAGCAUGCUUUAGCUCUGAAUCUUCGAUACCAUGGCCCAAGGUCUCUGAAAGUAGCUGUCUCUUAUCAUCUCGUUGCCAGAACUCAGUCUUGUAUGGGUGAUUUUCGUGCGGCAUUAAACAACGAGAAAGAAACUUACGCUAUAUAUAAGCAACAGUUAGGUGAGGAUCACGAGAAGACCAAAGAAAGCAGUGACUGUUUGCGACACCUUACCCAGCAGGCCGUUGUUUUACAAAAGAAGAUGAACGAAAUUUAUACCGGCAAAUCCGGUGUCAGUCUGCCACCGAUUCAGGUACAACCACCCAGUAUGGGAUCCGUGCUCGACAUGUUGAACGUGAUCAACGGUAUUCUGUUCGUUCAAAUCAGCCAACAGGAUAUUGAAAACUUUAAAGCGGAAAUAGAGAAACGACAGAAAGAACAGACGCCUGACGGUGAAAUCAAGGCGCUUCAAAAUGGAGGCAAGAAAGAAAAUAAGAAGGAGGACAAGGAUAACAAUAAGAAAGAAGAAAAAGAGAAUAGAAAAAAUGAGAAAGAAUGUAAGAAAGAUGAGAAAGAGAAUAAGAAAAUAGAAAAGAAGGUUGAUGCGCAGAAAAUAGAAUUGAAGAAACUUGAAGAAAACAAGACAACGUUAGAACCAGUGGCCGCAGAAAGCUGAGCUCAUUCUAAGUCGCUAAUGAUGAUACUUAGUAGUUUUUUUUUUCUGAAUCCUAGUCUUUUCCUGCCCGCGCGUCCAGUCUUUGCAGGAGUAACGCGAGUACGGUAUACAUAAUAAAUUGAUUGGGAUUAAAACGAAUAUGGCAGUGAUUGUUCGAUGAGGAUCGUUAUUUGAUGUAUCGUAUAUACAUUUAUGAAAAAAAAAAAAAAGUGCUAUCAGAAUUGAACUUUUACAGUGUGGCGAUUAUUGACAAUAUAUGCGUGAAAUUUUCGAGAGCUAGAUUUUUUAACGCUUACGAUGCUCGAUUAUGAUACGCCAAGUUACAGAAAUUCAUUUGACUGAUUUACGACUGCAUAUAUUCACUAAUAUAAAAUUAAUUCUUCACUUGUGUAAAUAAUUCUGAACAAAGAAUUCAUUGCCUUAGCAGACGUGCUUACCAUAACGUUGCUCAUAGUUUGAUUAAUUACAGAUUUAACGAACAAACGGGAUAUGUUUUUGAAAGGAUUAAAAGACAAUUUGUGUCGCCUAUAUCGUCGCAUCUUUUUCUAAAGGCUCAAUUAAUUCUAUAUCGAGAAAAUUAUUACACUUCCAUCGAUCGACGAGAUAAUUAGCGUUUGUUCCAGCGUAUUGCACAAGUGUUGCUAAAUUGAAAUGGUAUGCAACGUACCGACAGAGUUAUAAUGAUCAUGAAACGAAUAAUCGAUUUUAUUAUUAUAGAAUAUAAGUCAAUUGUUCUUUUUUUUUUGUACCUCUUUAAUAGGCUAUUUUGUUAGUACACAUAUGAGAUCAUUGUUUGUGCCAUCUAAACAUUACUGUCACUUUCCCAUUCUAGUUGCCAUCAGUAAGUCCAAUGGAAUUGUUGAAGUACUAAAUAAUUGGAAUUAUAACAAACAAUAUUAAAAUACACGAAGGUCGACAUGGAAUAACAAGAACUAUUCAUACAACUUUGUUAUCAUUUUUAUAUCAUGUACAUCACGUAAAAAGCUUUCUUUCAUCUGUCAUUAUUUUAUCGUCAUCGUAUGCGAGGAUCCGAAUCUGAAAAAGAAUUUAAAUUUUACAGAUUCUUAAUUACCGUUUGUAUGAAAAAAAAGAAGAUAUUUUAUAAACAAAUGGUGGCAGCAAAAGCAUGGUAUAAUGACAGAUGCGUUGUUGCAUUCACGAACAUGAAUAAAGUUAUCAAAAGCAGCUCAUUAGUCAACAUAUUAUAGAAGUAGCGUCAAUUUACUAAUUACUAAUAGAGAAAUACCGCAGUUAGUCUUAGUGUUAUACAAAUGAAAAUCAACUGUUACCGAAAUGUUAGUCUACAAUUUUUUGUUGUUUAAUCAUAAAAUUUUAUUAAAUAGCAUUUGUUGUACGGAGGAUAUUAAGGGCAAACACCCCACAUCAAGAUUUUAUUAUAUUAUUGAAUGAUUGAGUUGAAAACAUCAGUGGUUUGUUAAUAUUUUGUUUUAAAUAUGAAAUUAUUUUGUGUUCUAAUUGUUAUACGUAUAACAAUAAUAGUAAUAAUGAAAGAUGAAUAAAUGGAAAAGCUGUGUAGUUUCUGUUUAACAAGUUUAUAUAAUUUAUAACAUGGAAAUAUCAUAUUGCACUUGUUAGCCAAAAUGUAUGAUAAAAAAAAUGCUAGUUAAUAAGGACUAUUGAUUAUAAAUAAAGUUAAAUACUUGAUUUACAUAUA